CUAGUCGCAGCUGCUCGCCGGUAAUCGCUGUCUCUGACUGUCGCCGACGUGUUCACAUAUCCAGUACUUCGCGAUCUGGCACGAAUCGCCAGGGCCCGAGUCUCGGCAAAUGAGGCUGGAGUAGGAAUCGCAGAAGAAGAAGUGAUCCGCCCAUUCUCGUUGCUCAAAUGUGUUGAGCACAUUGAGCGUAUCCGCGAACGAGUCGGCGAAUCAUGUCGCAUCGCUUCUGAAGAGAUUGAGGAUGUGUAUCCAUGUACGGCUCUACAAGAGGGCAUGUUGGCCGAGACGGCGAAAGGAGGCGCACGCACUGCGAACAAAUACGUGGCCCGGACGGCAUACGAACUGCCGCAUGAUGUUGACGCGGAUCGAUUGGACAUGGCGUGGAACAGUGUUGUAAGCGCAAUUCCCGUCUUGAGGACGCGGAUCGUGGAUCUUCCAGGCGAAGGCCUUGUCCAAGUCGUGGCGAGAACCUCGAUUGCUCUUAAUCGCACGGGCGGUGACUCGGGAACACAUGUCGAGCCACCGAUCAUGGGCCUCGGAUCACCACUUUGUCGUGCCACACUUCAAGAAUCCGGACGAACGCCGAUGCUGGUCCUAGAAAUGCACCAUUCCAUAUUCGAUGGCUGGUCGACCUCGCUGGUCCUCGAAGCACUCGAAGCUGCAUACUCCAAGCCAACAGAUCCGGCGCCGACACUGCUUCCGCUGCAGCCAUUCGUGAAGCACUGCGCAUCCAUGGAUCGUGGAGCAGCACAUGAGUUCUGGCAAGAUCAUUUGCAAGGUUCCGAGGCCAUCGUCUUUCCGUGCCCGAAGUAUCAGCCGGAGCAGAAGAUAGAUUACGAGCAUUUGGUAGAAGACCUUCAUUGGCCUCGCAGCGAUGCGACACCAGCAAACAUUAUCAGUGGUACACUCGCCUUGCUGUUAGCUUCAUACACCAACUCAAGUGAUGUGAAAUUCGGUGCGACUGUCAGUGGCAGACAAGCUGACUUGGCGGGAAUCGAUCGUGUCGUGGGCCCUACGAUUGCCACCAUUCCCGUGCGUGUCUCAUUCGAUUGGGACCAAACUGUUGCGACGCUGCUGCAGCGGAUCCAACAGCAGAGCAUUGCUGCCACGCCAUACGAGCAGCUGGGCCUCAGGAACAUCGCUCGAAUCAGCUCAGCAGUGGAAGAGGCCAGUCAGUUUCAGCUCUUGCUUGUCACCCAGGGAAUGCCUCCCAGGAGCCAGCAGGCGAAGGGCCACUUAUUUCGUGAGAGGGGACCGCUGCAGAACGGAGGCUUUGCCGACGCUGGUCAGUCGACGGCUGGUGAAGCGCAGGCCAGCAACCACGGAAUCUACAACUCCUUCGCGAUGAUGAUCAUUUGUCAGUUAAAAGAGACGGGAGUCGAGCUUACCAUCUCCUACGACACUGGUGCGAUGCAGAGCACAGCAGUGGCACGUUUUGCGUCACAAUUUGAGCACGUACUUCGUCAGCUCUGCUCGGAGCGAGCGAGCAUGUGCAAAGUACGAGAUGUCAACCCGAUGACUGAGCAAGAGUUGAAAGUCAUUGGACGCUGGAACAACGAUGCGCAUAAUCAAGCCCUCGCCCCCGUGACAGAGACGAUUGACAAGAUUGCACUAUCGGCUCCGUCUUCGCUUGCUGUGGACUCCUGGGAUCGAAAAUGGACCUACCUACAAUUGCGAGAUGAGACUUGGAGGCUUGCUCGCGGUCUGCAAUCCUUGGGGGUUCGCCGUGAUUCAGUCGUCGUCCUGAGCUUCGACAGAUCAUCAUGGCUCAUCGUAGCCAUGCUCUCCGUUCUCAAAGCAGGGGCAGUGGCCUUACCAAUGGCCUCACCAGGCUCAGCACACCGGGCGAAGCAGAUUGUGGCGAACCUGCAGCCGGUGUUGGUGGUCACCUCGAUCGCGUGCGAUCAAUCACCAUUCCACGGCUUAACACAAACAAUGAAUCUGGUCGAACUCAAAGCACAUCGCGGCGAAGCAUCAGAUCCAGGCCUUCGGCCAUCGAGCGACGACCCGGCGGUCAUACUGUCAACGUCGGGAUCGACAGGAGCGCCAAAAUCCAUUCAGUGGACUCACAGGACGGUUUCCAGUAACGCGCAUGCUGCAGCUGCUGCUUUUGGACUUUGCGCCAGUAGCAGAGUUUUCCAAUUCUCCAGAUAUGACUAUGAUGUGAGUACCAUUGAAGCAUUGUCCGCAUUGCCGGUUGGAGGCUGCCUUUGUAUGCCUUCUGAUUCAGAUCGGUCCAAUCGGCUGGCAGGAGCCAUCGAUGACAGCAAAGCGAAUUGGAUCUGCCUGACGCCUUCAGUUGCUGAGACUCUGGACCCUGCAGACGUUCCAUCCCUACGCACUAUGGUAUGUGCUGGAGAGCCUCUGCAACCCAAAACAGCACUGCGGUGGUCACGCAACUUGCAGUCGAUGAUCAAUUGGUAUGGGCCCACGGAAGCUCCAGUAGCAACUUGCUGUCUCGUCAAGCCAAGCGCAUGGUCCACUGGCCAAAUUGGUCGCGCGUUGCCUGGAGCGACGAUUUGGCUUGUAGACCCCAAAGAUCGUGACCGUCUGGCGCCAGUUGGUGCAGUGGCCGAGCUGUGCAUUCAAGGCCCGAUCGUGGGUGAGUACUCCGGGAUCAGCGGACCAGCUCUGAAUGCGAACGCGCUGUGGCAUCCCUCGUGGCUUCAGAGUGAUUUAUUCUCAAAAGUGAGGAGCCAGGGCCCGGUGUAUAGAUCGGGCGACCUUGCGAGAUAUGCUUCGGAUGGCCGAAUUGUGAUCCAGGGACGCAUUCAGGACACGCAACGGAAGCUCCACGGGCAGCGGAUCGAUCUGGGCGACAUCGAGCGGUGCGUGCAGUCGUUCAUGACGAACGUACGCGACGUGAGCGUGGUGGCUGAGAUUCUCACCCCAGCACAAGGCGACAAUGACAUCCUGGCACUGUUCGUUAGCCCUGAGGAUGCGGUGCUGCCGCUCGACGAGUUGGAGCGCUUUCUUCUUGGCCACGUGGCCGGGUACAUGGUCCCCCGACUGUACUUGCACGUUCCACGGAUUCCCAUCACCGUGUCCGGGAAGACGGAUCGUCGUCGACUGCGUGAAAUUGGCAACAUGCAGACGCUGGGAGAACUCAUGUCAAUGCAACCCAGGAGAUGCGCAUCCCGAAAGCCAGAGACCGCGCUGGAGCGGGAGCUGCAGCAACAAUGGGCAGCAGUGCUGGGGGUGGCAGCCGAAUCGAUCGGCGCAGCUGACCACUUCCUUCGCAUCGGUGGCGACUCCAUUACCGCGAUGCGGCUGGUGUCCUCACUCGGCCGCGAAGGCCUCGUGCUGACAGUGACGGACAUCUUCGAGGCGCCAGUGCUCGAGCAGAUGGCGGGCCGGCUGUGCCAACAUGUCGCCGAAGAUGACGAGUACGUGACCUUUUCGUUACUAUCCAUCGAGGAUUUCGACGCCGCUCGAUCUGCAGCAACACGAUUGUGUAUGGUCUCGCCGGAUCAGGUGCAAGACAUGUAUCCCUGCACGGCGCUCCAGGAAGGCUUGCUGGCGCUGGGAAGCGUCGAGCAGGGCCGGUAUGUGUCUCGGAGCGUACUCAACUUGCGGAACGGCAUCGUGGCGGAGAGGCUACGCAACGCUUGGAUGCGCACAGCGGAGAAGCUGUCCAUACUGCGGACGCGCAUCGUUGACCUGGCCAGCGGCGGUGGCCUCGCACAGGUGGUGCUCGCGGAGCCGUGCUGGCGUUCAGCGGAGUGUCUGCAGCAGUAUCUGGCCGACGACGACGCGGAGCCCAUGGAACUUGGCACACCGCUCUGUCGCGCUGCCUGCGUCGACGAUGCCUUCAUCCUGACCAUCCACCACUGUCUGUACGAUGGGCCGACGCUGCGAAUGAUGCUCGCCGAACUGGAGAGCCACUACUUCCACCAGUCUGUGCCGCGUGGGAACUUGGCGCCAUUCCGCCUCUUCAUCCAGUAUCUGCAACAGCAGCACCGCCCGGCAGAAGCGGCUGCAUUCUGGCGCACUCAGUUGUCGCGAGCUGCGUAUCGGUCGUUUCCUCAACUGCCGUCGCGCGAAUACCGUCCGAGGGCGACGCGUGCCGAAAGUCGUUCCAUUCCGGUCCAGUGGCCGCGAGCGACAGGAGUUACGCCGUCGACUAUUCUGCGUGCGACGUGGGCGUUGCUUCAAGCGCAUGGCCGCCAAGGCGGGAUGCGCCGGGCGGAGAGCUGUGUCGGGCCGACCAUUGCAACCGUUCCGCUGGCGCUGUCCGUUGACUGGGGCAGUUCGCUGGCGACUUUCCUCGACGACGUACAACAACACGGCACGGACAUCGCACGAUUCGAGCAAUACGGCGUGCAAAACAUUCAAAAUGCCCUCUUCAGCCUCAACAUCGAUUCUGCGCGCUUCCAGACGCUGCUGGUCGUCCAGCCGCCCGCCGAGGGCCACAGCCUCCAGGCCGACAGCGCCCUCUUCCACGCGAGGUCGUUCGCCUCGACAUUGGAAACGCGCGGCAACGACCCAUUCAAUGCAUAUGUGCAGCUUGAGGCUACGCACGUUGAUUUGCAGUUGAGUUUCGAUCCUCAUGUGGCAGACGGCGGACGGAUUGCCGCUCAGUUCGAGACGCUGCUACUCCAGCUGUGCCGCCAGGAAACGCAUGCAGCGCCGAUGAGCAGUCUGCAGACAGCUAGCGCGGCUGAUCUUGAUUGCUUCCGAAGUCAAAACGAUGCGGCAAUUCUAGAGCCUGACACAUGUGUGCCGGAAUCCAUUGCGGCCACCGCUCGAAAGCAUCCCGAAGCAGUGGCCAUCAAAGCAUGGGACGGGCAGUUCUCAUAUCACCAGUUGGACUGCGUCUCCAACGCCCUCGCCGCCGCAUUGCUUCGGAGCGGCGUCGAACCUGGCUCCGUGGUGCUCCUUUGGCUCGAAAAAUCCAAGUGGGCCGCCGUGGCAUACGUGGCUGCUCUCAAAGCUGGUGCUAUUGCGCUCGUCCAGGACGUCGCCGUGCCCGUAGAGCGCAUGAAGAACGUUGUCGCCACGCUUGACGUGAAACUUGCAGUGGUAUCGCCCAGCAUGGCGGCGCCAGCCUUGCCCCAUACAACGUGCACGACUGCACAGCAACUCUUGGAGAUGGCCGAGCCCACGUCAUCUGAGGUUCCGUUGCCUUCACUGCAACUAUCGGCGCCUGCAGUCGUGAUUCUCUCGUCUGGUACGACCGGACAGCCCAAACAUAUCGUCUGGAGCCAUCGAGCCCUGGCUUCGAAUGUGCAGAGCUACAGCGAGUACCUGGCUCUGAAAGGUUCCGCUCGCGUGUUCCAGUUUGCAUCUUACAAUUUCGACGUGGCGACUGUCGAGAUAGUGUCUGCCCUGGCACGUGGUGCAUGUCUUUGCAUUCCAUCAGAGUCUGAACGGCUCAAUGAACCGGCUGCGGCUAUUGCUCGCUUCGGCGCCAACAUCACCUUUCUGCCAGGCUCAGUUGCUAGGAUGUUGCGACCAACAGACGUCCUUUGCCUUGAAAUUCUCGUCCUUGCAGGCGAACCGGUGUCUCAGAACGAUGCGCGUCGCUGGGUCGGAUACUGUCGUGUGAUUAACUGGUACGGGCCAGCGGAAUUCUCGACAGCAUCAUUUUGUGACGUGAAUGAUUGUGAAGGACAGAGCAAUGCCAUUGGAAAAGUUCCGUCCUCAUCACUUGUACCUCGAAGAGCGCGCUUAUGGCUUGUAGAUCCUAUGAACCUCCAUCGCCUAGCUCCAUUCGGUGCCACUGGCGAGAUUGUCCUUCAAGGUCCCAGCUGCGCGGAUGGAUACAUAGGUGAUGAAGACUUGACACAUCGCAAUUUCUGCUCAGGCCUCCAAUUCGUUGAGGGUGGGAGCUGGAAACAUAAUCGCAUCUAUCGAACCGGUGACCUGGCGCGCUAUGACAGCAGCGGGCGUUUGAUCUACGUGGGCCGCAACGACUCCCAGUUCAAAAUUGCUGGACAAAUGGUGUCGCUGGAGGAAGUCGCUGUACAUAUCGAACGCUUCAUCGCCCGCCCGGAAAAGAAGAUAGCCGUAGUUGUUGGUUCGAGACCCGGUGAAGACGGAAGCGAAGACACCAUGAUCGCCUACGUGACAGCUUCGGCCAAGGCACUCGAACAACUCACCAUCGGGCUUUACGAGAGUCUCAGCGCCGUGCUCCCACGCUAUGCCAUUCCCACUCAUUGCGCAUCAAUUGAUGCCGUUCCGACGACCCUCACAGGGAAGCAAGAUCGUGUCAAAUUGCGAAGCAUGGCAGCAGCAACACUGCUUCCAUUGAAUACAACGCUUCGCGAGCGACGACUGCCGACUACCGAGCAUGAGAAACUGUUAGCCAGUUGUUGGUCACUGGUCCUUGGAAUCAGCGAAAGUACCCUUUCUACGACGGACAGCUUCUUGAAUGUGGGCAAUUCCAUACAAGCGAUGCGGCUUGUGAGCCUUCUCCGUGAUCGCGGCGCCACACUCAGCGUGAGCGAUAUAUUCCAGAAUCCGGUGCUGCAAGACAUGGCGACUGCCCUCCGUUUCAUUGGCGAUGCUGUCAUUGAGCAGCCUGUCCGUCCGUUUGCACUAGUUAAAUCGACUUUGAGCAUCGACGUAAUCCGAGAAGAAGCGGCCAAUGCAUGUGCUGUAGUGGUGAAUGAUGUCGAGGAUAUCUUCCCGUGCACUCCACUUCAGGAAGGCUUACUUGCGCUGACCGCGAAGCACCAGGGAGAUUACACGAGCAAUCGAGUACUGCGGUUGGCGUCGUGCGUUGUACUCGAGAGAUUCAAGCAAGCAUGGGAGCAAGUCGUCGCUUCGACUCCAACACUACGUACCCGCAUUAUCGACAUUCCUUCGCUGGGUCUCGUACAGACAGUGAUCCGCCACCACGACUGCUGGACAUCGAUGGAAGGGGAAAUCAGCACUACUAUGGGCCUGGGACUUCCGCUUAUGCGAUGUAGCCUGUAUCAAGCGCAUAGCAGGACUUCGAACGCAAUGCACAACGAAGAUGACACUUUCUGCUUCGCCUUAACCAUGCAGCAUUCGAUCUACGAUGGUCCUACUCUAUCUUUGAUUUUCGAUGCGCUCAAGUGGGCUUAUGCUGGGCAAACUCCACCGGCUCUUCUCCCUUUCCAGGUCUUCCUCAACUACAUCCGGGACUGCGAUGCGGAGGCUGACAGGGAAUUUUGGAUUGGACAGUUCGACUCGUGGGAGGGCUCACCCUUUCCGAAGUUGCCCACGGAGAGGUACAAACCUCGUCCUGAUGCCAUAUCCACCCAUUCCAUCACUGACCUCAAGUGGCGUGGAGACAACAAUACACCAUCCACCAUCGUCCAUGUUGCUGUUGGUCUCCUCUGCGCCAUGCACUCCAACUCUUCCGACGUGGUCUUUGGGACCAUCGUGAUGGGGCGAAAGGCGCCACUUCGUCGAAUAGAAUCUGUCGCCGGUCCCACGAUUGCGACUGUUCCUCUGCGUGUGAAAAUAAAUGGCUCGCAGACUAUGCCACAGUUGCUCACCGCACAGCAGCAAAGAGAGACGGCCAUGAUACCACAUGAGCAGACUGGACUUUCGCGAAUAGGGCGAAUGAGUGAUACAACUCGCCGUGCCUGCCAAUUCCAAACGCUGGUGGUGAUACAGCUGCCAGAAGACAAUUUGGAAAAGACUGGCUUGUUCUGUGCAGAUGAGCAGCCACAAGACCCCGUUCGCUACAGUCGUUUUGGGUCAUAUGCCCUGGUUAUAGUCUGUACUCUGGAUGGCAAUGACCUGAUGGUCGAAUUCUGCUAUGACGUAGCAGCGCUGGAGUCGACAGUGGUUGACGCUAUGCUGCCGCAACUUGAACAUAUCUUGCGACGAAUCUGCGAGCCCGAGCUGGACCAGGAACUUGUUCGAGAUGUGCCGUGGCUCGACCAGCAAGGUAAGGACAAGAUACGGCAAUGGAAUGCCCACCAGCCGCGGCUGGUUGAAUGUUGCGUUCACGAAAUCUUCGCCGAAGUGGCCAACGAACAUCACGACUUAGUUGCCGUGAGUGCCUGGGACGGUGAGCUCACGUACAGCCUGCUGGAUGAAUUGUCGACCCUGUUCGCGUACCAAUUGAGAGAUUCUGGUGUUUCCGAGAACGAUAGCAUCAAUCGGUUCAGAGCGACUGACAUCUUCCUCACUCCCUCGGUCUCGACCUCAAUUGAUCCCCGAGAUGUUCCCACUCUGUGCAACAUAUACAUCGGUGGCGAAGCUGUAGAUGCUGGCGAUGUUACUCGGUGGACACCUUAUGCGCGAACGUUUGUGGUAUACGGGCCGACUGAAUGCUCGGCGAUCACUCUGUUCCAUGAGAUACAGCGGCAAGGCUUCACCAAACCAUGCAUUGGCCAUGGACUGGGAGUAUCGACAUGGGUCGUUGACCCCAGUAAUAGUGAGAGGUUGAUGUCAGUCGGUGCAGUCGGCGAGCUUUACCUCGAAGGACCACUGGUAGGGUCGGGCUAUCUUGGAGACGAGGAAAAGACCGCAUCAGUCUUCGUACCCGCGCCCUCGUGGCUUCACGAGGUAAGCGACUGCAAAGAUGGCCCUCGACAGCGAAGUGUCGUGUACAAGACAGGAGACUUGGUGAAGUACGAUCCGGCAGAUGGCACACUGCUCUUUGUGGGACGCAAAGACACUCAAGUCAAGCUACGUGGUCAGCGCAUCGAACUGUCCGAAGUAGAGCAGCACGCUCGACAGUGUCUGGCUACAGUGUACCGCGAUUCCGUGCCAGCAGUGGUUGCAGAGAUUGUGUCGCCACGAGCAAACGCUCGGCCGCACUUGGCGCUGUUUCUUCAAGUUGACGAGGGCGAGCAUAUGUCCAAGGCCCUACGCUCACUCGAAGAUGAGCUCUCGGAGCGACUGCCAACGUACAUGGUUCCGACGUCUUACAUUCCUGUGCCAGCCAUUCCUAUUGCUCCCAGCGGCAAGAUAGAUCGACGACGUCUACGCGAGAUGGGCGCGAACUUAUCAGCAGCAGAACAAGCUGGAAACCAUAUUAAGACUCCUCUCACACCUGCCGAACAGUGUCUUCGGACUUGGUGGGCGACGGUUCUCGAUAUCUCCCGAGAAACGAUUCGGCCAAAAGAUCACUUUGUACGACUUGGCGGAGACUCCAUAUCUGCGAUGCGGCUUGCAGCGCUCGCGCGACGUGAGAAAAUGCUUCUGACUGUCCAGCACAUACUCAUGGCGCCAAGACUCGCCCACAUGGCAGAAGCAAUGACCGCGCUUCAGCCGGAGAAAGAGAGUGACGUUGCACCAUUCUCGCUACUGCGCAACCGGUCCUCGCUAUCUUCGCUUCUGAAAGAGAUCUCCCGCCAGUGCGAUGUUUCCGUUGCGCAGAUUGAAGACGUGUUUCCAUGCACUGGCGUACAAAAGUCUCUCUUAUCCAUGACGGCCAAGCUUCAAGGCGCAUCAGUUGCCAGGUACCGUCUGCGCUUGCGCGAGAAGUUGAACGUAGAGCAUUUCAAAGCCGCCUGGGAGACGGUGAGCAGGGAGAAGGCACCCAUUCUGCGGACUCGCGUUGUCCAUACCUGGUCUGAGGAUAUGGUGCAGGUACAAGUAGACGAGCCUCUUCGAUGGGAUGCAUUCGAUACCUUUGAAGCGUAUCUAGCGCAGUCGUCCCACAUGGGACUGGGUACACCUUUGACAAGGCUUGCCAUGGAGGUUUCUCGCGCAUAUUCGGACAUGCACGACGCCAGCCGGGUUCCACCAUUCCAGGACUUCAUGAGGUACAUUGAGGAUCUGGAUCGAGAUGAGACCGAUGAGUUCUGGAAAGGGCAGUUCGAGGACCUGGAAGCAGCUCCAUUUCCUGCGCUGCCACAUCCCGAUUAUCGGCCGAAAGCAAAUGAUACGGUGCGGCGAGACUUGGUGGACUUUUCCUGGCCUCAGCGAAAUGUGACUCCUUCCACCACGAUCAGAGCCGCCUGGGCAGUAUUGACCAGUUACUACACAAACACUGAUGACACUUUAUUUGGUACUCUGGUUGCCGGGCGGCAGGCUUCACUCCCAGGAAUCGAACGCAUUAUUGCUCCACUGAUCAAUGCUGUACCUGUCAGGGUGCGUUUGGACACGAAGCAGACUGUAGAUGAAUUGCUCUGCAUGAUUCAACAACAAUCGAUAGCGAUGGUUGCACACGAAAAUACUGAACUUGGUCGAAUUCGGCAGAUUGACGCCAACAGUGAGCAAGCCAGUAGAUUCAACACAAUGCUACUCAUUCAGCCCGUCCGACCGCCUCUCGGAGACUCUGCUGGUCCCUUUGGAGCUCACAGUCAGCCUGAAUCUCUGACUGCCACCAUGGAUAACUUCAAUCCCAACGCCGUCAUGGUCAUCUGCCAAUUGACUGAGCAAACUGGUCUUUCCCUCGAGGUCAGUUUUGACAACAAUGUCAUCUCUGCCCAACAAGUAGAGAGAAUGGCCUCUCAGUUUGAGCACAUCUUACGCCAAUUGUGUGAAUCUACGACAACGACAGUCCAAGAUCUGGACUUGCUGAGUACGCAAAACCUUUCAGAGAUAUGGCGUUGGAACCAAAGUGUGCCCCACGUGAUUCACGAAUGCUUACAUGAUCUCAUAUCUGCUACUGCUCAGCAAAAUCCCAAGGCUCCAGCUAUCUGCUCAUGGGACGGCGAUCUGCUCUAUGGAGAGCUUGACGAGCUGUCCAGUCGCCUUGCCUCCCGCCUGAUGAAGAUUGCAGCGGAUCUCAGCGCUCCUGUGCCUCUCUGCUUCGAGAAGUCUAAAUGGCACCCCGUAUCUGCCCUUGCGGUCAUGAAGGCCGGAGCUGCGUGCGUAUCGAUUGACAUGAGUCAGCCGGAGUCUCGAUUGCGCUCGAUCUUUGAGCAAAUCAAACCAACUCUGGCGCUUGCAUCCGGAGCAACGCAAGUCAAAGUAAGGAAGCUUACUGCGUCCUUGGUGAUUGACGUUGAACAAGAAGACCUCAGUCUCACUACUUCAGCGAUGCCUCUACCAAAGGUGAAGCCGUCUGAUGUUGCGUAUGUUGUUUUCACGAGUGGUUCCACAGGCACACCCAAAGGCAUCGUCAUCACCCAUGCCAAUUUUGCUUCCGCAGCUACACACCAGGCUGAGAUGAUACAUAUCCGGCCUACGACUCGUCUCCUGGACUUUGUAUCGUACAGUUUCGAUGUUUCGUGGUCCAAUCUUCUGCAGACUCUGCUUGCGGGAGCUUGCCUCUGCAUUCCCUCAGAGACGGAGAGGCGCGACGAUAUCCCUGGUGCAUUCAAUCGCAUGAACUGCGACUAUGUCUAUCUGACUCCCUCUGUUGCCCGGUCCGUAGAUCCGGCAGCGUUCCCUGGGCUGCGCACUUUAGCAAUGGGAGGUGAGCCAGUUCAACAGAGCGACGUGUCACGCUGGACUCACGUCGAGACUGUUCUUGGCAUUUAUGGUCCCGCAGAAUGCACCCCGACUCUCUCGAUCAUCGUCCUCAAUGCUAACAGCCGUGGAAGCCACAUUGGGCAUUCAAUUGGAGCGAACUGCUGGGUGAUUCAGCCCGACCGACCAGAUCGCCUUGCCGCAAUUGGUACUGUUGGAGAGCUCAUGGUAGAGGGCCCAACUGUCAGUCAAGGAUAUUUCGGAGAUCCGGACCAGACCUCCAUGGCAUAUAUUCGUGAUCCCGCCUGGCUUGUGCGAGGUACCACGGGGCAUCCUGGUAGACACGGCACGCUUUACAAGACUGCCGACUUGGUUCGUUACAACGACGAUGGAUCUUUCGAUUACGUGGGCCGAAAAGACAGUAUGGUGAAGCUACGCGGGCAACGAAUUGAGCUUGGAGAGGUCGAAUUCCACCUGCGUGCCAGUCUCAAUGAUGGAGGUAUCGGUGUCCACGGUGUUGCUGCAGAGGUAAUUACUCCGGCUAAAGGCUCUGCACCACCCAUUCUGGCUGCCUUCAUCAGUAUCUCGUGGCUGGAGGAGAGUCAAGAGCAGACAAUGGAUGUCGUUGAUCGGGUGCAUCAAGGAAUGUCGGCCCGAGUUCCUCGCUAUAUGGUCCCCAGUGUCUACAUUCCGGUGGCCCAGAUCCCAAUGACGACCACCAAUAAGACAGAUCGGAAGGCACUUCAGCAACUGGGCGGGUCAUACACGCUAGAGGAUCUUGCUAAACUACAGUCUCGUAACCACAAGUAUCAGCCGCCGUCUACCACGAUGGAAAAGCGGUUGCAGCUUCUGUGGUCCGCGGUUCUAGGCAUUGGCUUGGAUGCCAUCGGGAGAGAUAGCAGCUUCUUACGAAUCGGCGGCGAGUCUAUCUCAGCCAUGAAAUUGGUAUCCGCUGCACGUACGCAGAACAUAUCCUUCACCGUCGCGGACGUGUUCAGGGCACCGAGACUUUCUGAACUCGCAUUGCUGGCAGAAGAAACCCGAACGGAGAGUGAGAUGGAGCCGACCUUACCCUUUCAGCUUCUUCCUGACGGUAUGCCUGAUUUUGUUGGACGCUUUGUCACGCCUGCGCUAGAUGGUGUCCCGGGUCAGGUGCAUGACGUUCUACCAUGCACGGACUUCCAACAGCUUGCGAUCUCCAACGCAUUUGAGGAUCCUCCUAGCCGAUUGCCGCAAUACAUACUGACCCUGCCAAAUGCUGUUGACUUUGUGAAGCUCGAGCGGGCGUGUCAGCAAGUUGCGGCUUCUCUCGAAAUCCUUCGAACGAUCUUCAUUCAUGCUUGCGACAGACUCUGGCAAGUUGUACUGUUUGACUUCAAUGCGCCGUUCGAUAUCUUCGAUAUCAGCGGCAACAUGAGCGAUGCUGUCAACUCGCUGUGCAAAGAAGAUCUCGCGAUUCCUCGUCGCCUGGGUCGAUCAUUCGUCCGCUUCAUGGCCGUCCGGAACUCGAGCACUGGAGAAAACCGUUUGAUUUUUAGAGUCUCCCACGCACAAUUCGACGGUUUCAGCCUCCCAAUGCUGUUCGGCACGCUGUCUGCCUUCUACUGCGGAUGCCCGUUGACCCGACCUUACUCUUUCUCGCAGUAUGUGGCAUACAAAGCACAGAAGAAACAGAGCAGUCUCGAGUACUGGAAGUCAAGAUUGCAAGGGACAUCUUACCCAGAUUGGAGCGGAGGCAGUUGUUGCUCUGAUAGCGCCAGCACAUCGGAUCGUUUCAGCGUGGAGGAAACCAUAGCAAUGCCCACCUCUCGACAUGGCGAAGGACUUUCAAUCGCGACCAUGUUCCAAGCCGCCUGCGCCAUUGCUUUCUCUCGUCAUCUCGAUCAGGCGGAAGUCGUUUUUGGCCGUCUAGUCACUGGACGAUCUAUGCUUCCACCCAGCCUACAAAAUGUCGUGGGACCAUGCCUCACAGAAGUACCUGUCCGGGUGCGAAUUGGGCCAGAAGAUACACUCGAUCGCGUUGCGUUGAUUCUCCAGCGCCAAUUCAUCGAAGAUUCUGCCCACGAAUGCGCCGGCAUGCAGGAGAUACUUCAAGGCUCAACUACGUGGCGAGAAGGUGCCGAGGACUUUGGAUGGCGCACGGCAUUCCAGCAGGAAGACGUCCAGGACUUUGAGUUUCUGGGCGAGAAGAGUCGGAUCUCGGUUUUUGAGCAUACUUUACUUCCACGUCCACGACCGGAAAUCUAUGCGACACCGAGGGGCAAGUCGCUGCAUCUGCAAUUGAUUGGCAAUCGAAAAAUUCUGCAUGAGAAGUCUGCACGCAAGAUUCUGGGGAGCUUGAGAAACGUUCUAGGGGAUGGGUCUCGCAGCGCGUGAGUGCUUACCAGUAACACAGGACCUUGGCCUAGUAGACGCCGAUCCUUGAGUGAGAAUACACCGAUCCUUGACUCUGCAAACUAAGAGGGGUGAGAUUUGGGGUUUUCAGCAUGACCUACUUUCGCUUUCGGGUCCGGACAUUUGUGUGACGCCGAGCGCAAGUCACUGUAUUUGCUCUCGAGAU